CUUCUGCAGACGCUUUCGGAGAUUUCAAUGCGAGCGAGCAGCAAAGUGUCCACUUCAUGCUGUUUUUUUGGGAGCAUCUGAGAGGUCCAAUGCGUCCUCCUUUGUUGUGGAGUUGAGGGUUUAUAUAUAUAUAUGUUUAACAUUUUUAUUGUUUUUCCAUGAACGGGUGUGUUGAUGAGUAGCGAUGGUGCAACGAGCAGUCUCGGAGUUGCGCCGCUGUAGUGGGGUGUGUUUUGCGAGUUGGGUCUUCCAUCACGAUGGGUCCUUGCAGGGCGUGUCCAUCGCUGUGAGGACUUGCUUCGGAUGAUCCGUUCAAGAGCGUAUCGUCUGCAGUUUGCAGUUUACUUUGAUUCUUGAUGCUUCUGUGGGUAUUGCGUACAGAAGCUCUUAGGUUUCAAACUCUGCUGACAUUAGAUGAUGUGAGGGGUGAUUGCCGUGAGGACAGGCAAAUGAGGAGGGGAAUUGUGUAGUCUUGGGAGUAUACAUUUGUCAUUUCGUGGGUUUUCGAACGACUUGAGAUUUUCUUCGGUUUGACGGAUAGUUGGACUCGAGAUGGAUUCACAUGAUCUGCAAACGAGAUUAUCGGGUUUUUACAAGACCUCGCGUGCGAAGUUCUCAGAAUUUUGUUCUCACUCGAAGAAGGAUGAGACCGUCGAAGAUGUGCUAAUUACGGCCCAAACUGUGCGCAAGAAAUCGAUCCUUGUCAUUGGAAACUUUACUGGUAAAAUUGUCCCACCUGUAGAUUGUCGUCUGAGCCAGAAUGCUGGACUCAGCAGUUUCGCUACCACUUCACCCUCAGCUCCAGUUUGGAGUAAUGUGAAUGAAUUGGAGUUGAAGAAUGAUGAUAAAAUCAUUCACAGCCGCGUAAUAGGGAAGAAUGAUGCCGUCUUGUCGAAGACAAACUCGCAGAGUCCCACUGUUGCCAAUUCGAAUUGCGGAUGUCGCAAUCAACUGGAUGAAGGAUCUGGCACUAAGCGGAAGGCAGCCGAGGUGGAGGACGUGACGUAUAUUAGCGUAGAUGCACGCAUGCCUAAAACCUCAAUUCUAACCCCCUGCUGUAAUGAACCUCAAUACACGGAGCCAUCUCUGAAAAGACCGCAUUAUGGCCACGAUUAUGAUGACUUAGUACGAGCUCAGAUCCCAUCGAAGAAAGUGUCGUGGAAAGAUGACGACAGCUUGACAUAUGAACUACCUGCUACCCCAGUGAUCCCAGUUACUGAUUCCCAUAAAGCAAGUGACAACCUUGAAUCUGUGGCCAAAGAUGCCAUCUCUCAAAAGGUCCAUAAUUCUUCACAGGUUGUUUCUCCUGCAAUAAAUUUGCUACCGAGUUACAGCUAUCAACAGAAUGGGUCUCGACUGAAAGAAAUCAGGGUUGACACUAACGUGGGAAAUAUUUACGACAAACGCCUCUCCAAGCUGCCCUCCCCCGAAACAUGUGACGUAGCAGAUGAUUGUGAUAAUGAAGGCUGCACCACCAGCGGCAGGCGCCAGAAGAAGGAUGUGGAACUGGGAGGCAAGUGGAGUCUCCCAGUGGAUGUACAAGGCGGUGUCUUCUCUUGUAAAUUGAAAGAAAUCCUCUCCAAACCUUUAGACUUAAAAGAGUUUUCAGAGAUGUGGGAGCUUGCUACUCGACGUAAGCCUUUGUUAAAGCUGCGUCAAAUGCGUGGCCGCACUAUGCAUGUCCCUACAGAUGGUGAAGGCCUUUCGUACCUCGAUCAUCACCCUGAUUUAGCUAGACGGCUUAAGGAGUGCUUAGAUAUAUCAGAAAAAAUGAUUUUACUACGUGGUUUCUUCUUCUGGCUUCAGCAUUCAUGCAUGGAGGGCGCUUACAAGCCCUGGGAUCAAGACACAGAGAUCAAGACACAGGAAGGUGAUUGUGUUUUCACCGAUGGUCCAGAUUGUGAGGUCCUUGCUGUUGUGCUGCCACUGGACGAAAAGAAACACGUGAGCUCUGUAUUGAAGCCUCUAGAUCCGGUCAUUGUCGAUCUGAGUGAUGAUGAUGAGGACGGUUAUCUUGGAGUAAGCGUGAAGUCUCCUGAGAAAGCUUUCUCAAAAACUAAUGUUCAAAUGAUAAACCCCCAGGCGGUUGCUUCCUGUUUCUGCUGCUUCAAGGAGUUUGGUGUGGAGAAAGAACGACAACGGGCCUUGUAUAAUAAAUGUGGACACAUCGACACAUGUAUGCACUGUGCAGAUAAAUUUUGGCAGGAUAGUAAGCACGAUUGUCCAAUGUGCGGGGUCAUCCAAUCGAUGAAGCCCAAAUCUGUCUUGGACUUCGCUGAUUCAUUCUAGGUACUUGAUUUGAACAGGAUCAUCAACGGUUUUUGAAUUUGACCGUAUUUUUGAGCAGGUAACCUCCUUGUUAAUUCUGUCUGUCAUAUCUUGAAGAACUAGGAUAGCCUGGAGAUUAUACGGCGAAACAGCACAGGUACACAAAAAACUGAGAAAUGUGUACUCACGAUUACGAUAUUUUUUUUAUCAACACCGCUCAAUUUGUAAUUCAUAAAGAGUGGCCUCAAAACUUGAAUAUA